AUGGUGGUGGUGGUGGUUCUGGCAGUGGUGCUGAAGACUACAGCGUAUGCUCAACAACAAGAGCAGAUGGAGAAGUCUAGGGAUGGGUUUGAUGGGGGUUAUGGUGCAGCAGCGAGGACUGCUUCGGGGUAUCAAACCCUGCCUGCGAGGCCGGGGUUUCUGAGACCUGUCAGUGUUAUUGAUGGUGGUGGUGGUUCUGGCAGUAGUGCUGAAGACUACAGGUCUUCGUAUGCGGCUCGAGUCGCGGAACGGGAGGCGAAGCAAAGGAGGGAGUUGAAGCGUUACAGUCGUGGCCUCAGCGACGGUUGGCAGUCGACGGCCGACCUCGCGGUGUCCCCGGCGGCGUCCGUGGCGACUCCUUCGCGGGACGCCGCCAAGCGCCUCAGUUCGUACCUCAGCGACGCGCUGAAACGCCGCGGAGUCGCGCAUGCGUAUGCGUCAACAGCCAAUCUCUCGAUGCCCAGCAGCUCUGAACAAGCGCUCUUUGGAAAUACGAUGAGCAGUUACAAUCCCGAGAUGGAUGCGGGGUAUGUUGCCGGUACCCGGAGUUUGUCACGUCGGGGUGUUUCGGGGAAUAAACGCUGGUCGACUGCAUACAGCGGAUUCAAUCCUCAAGAAGUUUACAUUGGAUCCAGUUUGCCAAAGUUGGAGGAGUCCAUUGCCGCCACUGGGCCUUAUCAGAGGUUCGGAGGAUCCACAUCUGGUUCUGCUUCUGGAACUGACGAUGUGCAAUCGUUUUCGAGUGACAUUGGCAGUGAAACACAGCCCUCAGACACCGUUUCCGUGUCGGCAUCGUCAGACCUGAGCGACGCAGACACAAGCAUCAUGGAUGGGGAAUCAGUCAGCGAACGCAUUCUCCGCAAAAGCUACUACUCGCGAUUCAACGACACUCUUUCUCGCCGCCGAUCUGCAUCUACUCAUUCUAAACUCAACGGCAUGUCCGCCACCGGACGCAUGAUCGCAUCCAGUGUUGAAAACCUGACAAACAACAAUAACGGUAAUUCAGCUUCGGGUACUUCGCAGAGACCGACGAAGAAGAGUUCGAAGUCUAAAUCCGAAGCCGCCCCGGGGUUACCCAGGGACCCGGGAAUGAGUAGGAGCAAGGAAAAGGCCAAGAAACACGUCAAGAGUGGAACUAAAAGUGUGUCAUCAGCAGGUGUUAUGAAUCCUACGUAUGCUGAGAAUAAGGAGACCAAUGCUUGUGAAAGGGGUUGAAGCGUCGACGAGUGUAUUAAACCGUGUCUGGAUUUCACGCGUCGAAAAGAAAGAGAAAAGCGAGAUUUUGCUGUCUUGAAUUUGUAUUCUAUCUGAGAUAUUCGAUCGUAUGUAAUUCACGUAGUUUUAGCGGAGCUGUUGGUGCGAAAGUUUUGCCAGUACCUUCGAAAUCGGAGGCCUUGGUGCAGUAUUAUUAUUGAGUUCACUCUACUCACCCGAUCCUGGAUAAUAACUGAACUCGUACGGAGUUUCUUGCUGUUUUUUGACGAGCGCGGAAACUUUUUUUUGUAAAUCUAUGCCCUUCCUUUCCAUAACUCAUGUUUUGACGAGUAAUUCCGGAGUAAAUGGAACUUCGGUCAACCCGGAAUCCAUCGGAUACUAUGCCCUAUGAGGAUAAACUACUAGUGACAUCUAACCAUAAUGAGACCCAACGAGUAUAAAACGAAGUACAGUACUGUAUUGUGUGCAGUAACAUACAAUAAACGUUGUGAAAUUCGGUAUUGUUGAUGUUCCGGAUUUCUUAAGCAAUGGAGUUAUAUUGAAUACUGUUAAAUUUUUCGUCUAACAAUUCGUUCCUUUCCGUUAAGUAGAGACAAGAAUGCGGAUUAAAGCUGGAAACAAUCUCACUGGAAAAUCGUUUUUGCAUCUUGUAGGAGAUUGAUUUCAAAAUGCAGAACUUUUUGCAUUCCCCAAAUAGUUGUUGGGAUCUGUCGCGUAGGCCAUAAGGGAUUUUUUCGUGUGACAUUUGAACCGAUUAUUGCAGAUACCGUAUUGACUUGAAUACCGCGUGCCCUUGAUAGCCCUUGCAUUAGAUGUAAACCGUGAUUUUUAGGUACAAUUUUUACCAAAAUUACCUGAAUAAGAGCCGCAUCCGAAUUUCUGGUGGAUUUAAAAAAAUACCUGACAUGUUGAAUUUACUGUAAAGUAUUCUCAAAUGGAUUCUGCCUUUGUUAUGUGUAUUUUUUAAUCUGAAAUAUUAAAACUGUCAUAUUAAUGUCUAAAAACAGAUUUAAUCCAAUUGAAUUCAAAUCAUAAUUUUAAAUGUUUUGAAAUGUACAUGAUUUUAUAAUGAUUUAUGACACACUAAUAGUUAAAAUGAAAAAAAUGGUGCAAUUUUAGGGAAAAAUCCAUACCCAAAAGUGACUUGGUCCUU